AUGUCUAUCAAGAUUGACUCAACAGUUAUCACUGCCCACAUUGUAUCUUGCUAUGCAUCUCAAACUGGAUGCACUGAGGAUGACAAGGACAAGUGCUGGAACAGUCUGGAAGCCCUCCUUCGAGCAAUUCCACAGGGUGAGUCCGCUAUUGUUGGAGGAGAUUUAAACGGACAUGUCAGGGCUAACAGAGAAGGAUAUAUGCGAUGCCAUGGAGGACGUGGGUUCAGUGUGUGGAACGAUGAUAGAUGUCGGAUACUUGAUUUUGCAGAAGCAUAUGAUUUCAUUGUGACCAACACAUACUUUAAAAAGAGGCCAACAUAUCUGGCUGCUUAUACAAGUGGAGGUCAUGCUACUCAGAUCAAUUAUUGGCUAGUUUGUCAACAAGACAUGAAGCUGGUAACAGAUACCAAAGUAAUUCCGUAUGACUGCAUCACCCCUUAA